CCGCGCGGCCGGGAGGGACGGGGCGAGGCCGGCGCGCUCGGAGCAGGAGGCGGCUCGCGCCUCUCCAACGCGCACACGCGCGCACACGCACACACACACGCGCGCACACGCACACUCAAAACUCGGGCCGCGGCACCAGCUGCUCCAGUCCCUGGAAGAGGCAGGCGGGCGCCCCCGCCCCGCUCCGGCCCCCGCUCCCGCCCCGCGCGGCCGCCUCCCCCCUGCGCGGCGCCUCGGCCGGGCGCUCCGGACCAGACGGGCAGGGAGGACAGGACAGACCCGAAGGCGCCCGCGCCGAGGUCUCGCCCGCGUCCCGGAGAGGUCGGCGCGCCCGGGGAGCCACCUGCCGGGCCGCGGUCGGUCGGCGCCCGAAGUGCGGCUCGCGGCGUCCGGCUCGGGCAGUGCGCGGAGCUCCCGGCGCCCCCGGCCCGGCUCACCUGAGUCCCGGCCUCCGCCGUCGCGGGCGCUCGUGGCCCGGAACGUCCCCCGCCCCCGCCACGCGCGGAGAGGACGCGCGGCGGCCGGAGCUCGCCAUGGCCGGGGCGCGCCGGCUGCUGUGCCUGUGGCUCGGCUGCUUCUGCGCGGGCCUGGCGCGCGGGGACCGGCUGAGGCAGAGCGUCCCGGAGCCCCGCGGCGCUGCGACCGGCGACCGCGCGGCAGGUGCCGACCCGGGCCCCGCGCUGCGGCCGCACGACCGGGUGUCCGCGCACAUGCUGCGGCUCUACGACCGGUACAGCGGCGGCGGCGCGGCCGAGGCGGAGCGCACCCCCGGGUCCUCGGAGCGGGGCUCGCGGCCCCCGCGCCCCCGGCCCCUGCGCGAAGGCAACACGGUGCGCAGCUUCCGAGCCGGAGCAGCCGGAACCCUUGGAAGCAAGGGACUGCACAUUUUUAACCUGACUUCUCUAACCGAGUCUGAAAACGUGUUAUCUGCCACCCUACACUUCUGUGCCGGGGAGCUCAUCAACGUGAGCUUGAGCUGUCCCGUGUCCGGAGGAUGCUCACAGCAGGCGCAGGGGAAGCACUUACAGAUUGAUCUCUCUGCGUGGAUCCUUAAAUCCGACAGAAACCAAAGUCAACUCCUGGGUCAUCUUUCAGUAGAGGUCGCCAAAUCUCGAGACUUGGGAUCCUGGCUGUCUAAAGACAUCACUCAAGUCCUGAGGAAGGCCAAGGAAAAGGAGGAGUUCCUCAUAGGAUUUAAUAUUACCUCCAAAGGACACCCACUGCCAAAGAAGAUGUCCCCCUUCCCCGAGCCUUAUAUCUUGGUGUACGCAAACGACGCUGCCAUUUCUGAGCCGGAGAGUGUGGUCUCAAGCCUACAAGGACACCGUAAUUUCCCCACCAGAGCUGCGCCUCCGCUGGACAGCCAUAUCAGGGCUGCCCUUUCCAUGGAACGGAGGAAGAAGCGCUCGGCUGGGGUCCUGCUCCCUCUGCAGAACAAUGAGCUUCCUGGGGCCGAGGACCAGUACGGGGAGGACGGGCCAUGGAAGGAGAGGAAACCCUACAAGACCCUUCAGACUCAGGCCCCAGAGAAGACUAAAAACAAAAAGAAACAGAGAAAGGGACCUCACCAGAAGAGCCAGACGCUCCAGUUUGAUGAGCAGACCCUGAAGAAGGCCAGAAGGAAGCAGUGGAUCGAGCCUCGGAAUUGCGCCCGGCGGUACCUGAAGGUGGACUUUGCGGACAUCGGCUGGAGCGAGUGGAUCAUCUCCCCCAAGUCCUUUGACGCCUAUUACUGCUCCGGGACCUGCCAGUUCCCCAUGCCCAAGUCUUUGAAGCCAUCAAAUCACGCUACCAUCCAGAGCAUAGUGCGCGCGGUGGGGGUCGUGCCCGGAAUCCCGGAGCCUUGCUGUGUGCCCGAGAAGAUGUCCUCGCUCAGCAUCUUAUUCUUUGAUGAAAAUAAGAACGUGGUACUUAAAGUGUAUCCUAACAUGACGGUCGAGUCUUGUGCUUGCAGAUAACCUGGCAGAGAACGCGCACAGAUGCUUAAUUCUAUCAGUACUUUAUUUAAUGGACGCCCCCUCCUUUUUUUUUUUUUUUUUUGCACUGCCAAUGCAUUUCACCCCAAAAGAUCUUUUUAUAGUUAAAGAUAACGAACAAAUAGACUGAUGAUUUCCACCAAGGAGAACGACUGUGCUUGUUUUGAAUGUAACUCAAUGCAAGAUUUUAGUAAAUAUGGACAUUUACUUCUUUUUUAAAAAAAAAUCACAAAAAAAGAUCACUCAAACUGUUUUUAGAGCUAUUAAAGGACACACUGAUUUA